AUGGCUGAACUCACAAGCACGAAGCUCAAUGCGGAGUCGCAUCUACUCCUCGAUCAACCUCUCCUUCGCAUGCCGUACGAGCUCUCCCGGCGCAAUUUCAAAAACGCCCAGCGCGUCAUCGAGCAUUCCUCCAGCAACCUUACCACAUCGUUAACCGCCGCCACCAAAGCCGCCUCUAAGAACGCCUCUCCGGAAGCCACACUCGAUUCCCUCGAAUCCAUGAUAAGCAAGAUGCAGGGCCUAAAGCGCAAACUAGAAAACCUCCACGAAGAAGAAACGCGCAUCCACCGCUCUGCGAAGGCGCGCUUACAACACCUGCAAGAUCUCUACGAAAUCCAGAGCCUUGUCGAUGUCAAGUACGACGAGUGGUCUCGAACGCGAUUAAGUCGUUUGCUCGUCGAUUACUUGUUAAGAGAGGGUUAUGCGGAAAGUGCGUCGUGUUUGGCAAAGAGCAAAGGGAUUACAGAGCUUGUGGAUGUAGAUGCGUUUGUGGCGUGUCAUCGGAUUGAAAGGAGUCUGAGAGAGGGCAUGAGCACGUCGUUGGCGCUUGAAUGGUGCAAGGAACAUGGCAAGGAACUCAAGAAGGGGGGUAGCAUGUUGGAGUUUGAACUCAGGUUACAGCAGUAUAUCGAGCUAGUCCGACAGGGACACGAGGCUGGAUUGAGCGGGAUGGAUGGAUUAGAGACGCAAGACGACGGUAUGAAUGGCGUUAGCAUUGGGAGUGGAGGCGGAGAAGCAAAGUUGGUUGAGGCAAGGGCUCAUGCCAAGAAGUAUCUCAGUACGAGUGGGGAUUUCGAACUGAUGAGGAGGGCAGCGGGCAUGUUGGCGUAUAGGCCUUGGGAUGAGGUGGAACCCUAUGCUUCUCUCUACUCGACUUCACGAUGGUCACAUCUAGCCGACGUCUUUGUCCAGACACAUCACAACCUCUACGCUCUACCUCCACGACCGCUCCUUCACGUCGCCUUGAGCGCUGGUCUCUCCGCUCUUAAGACACCCGCUUGCCAUUCCGCCUACACACCCUCUUCCACGAAUGCUGCUUCGUCUACUACAACCGUCUGUCCGAUAUGCAGCACAGAGCUCAACGAGUUAGCGCGCAACGUUCCCUAUGCCCUCCACACCAAAUCGAUUGUCGAAGAUGGACCUGUAGUGUUACCAAACGGUCGCAUAUAUGGCUCCGAGAGGCUGCGCGUCUUCAACGAAAAAGUCGGAACAGAAGAAGGCUUCGUAAGAGAUCCGGCUGGCGGACUAAGCGGCGAGAGAUGGCAUGAGAGCGAGGUCCGAAAGGUUUACGUUAUGUGA